AGGUGGAUUGUAUUGUAUUGUAUAUAACAAAGUGAUUCUGUCUUGCUGGCUGGAUGCCUAUCUAUUUCUUUCUUUCUCUCUUUCUUCCUUCUCACAUCACAUCGCUGGCUCGCUUUGUUGUCCCUUUUAUUAUUCAUUCAUUCAUUCAUCUUUUUUUACUUCCCAAAUUCAUCAAAUCAUAUUAUUAUUAAUACUAAUAACAGAAAACUAAAUACACAAUUUUUGGAUUCCAGAACAAAAUUCUUGUUUCAACUCUUCUCUUCUCUGCUUUCUUUCUUUUUUUUCUCUUUAAGGUGUAAAAUUCAAUAUGGUUACAACUGCUUCAACAUCUUCAUUUUUUCCUGUUACAUCAUCUGAUAAUAAUGGUGGAAAAUCCUCCAAAAAUGGAGGUAACUCAUCUCUAAACCUUGGAGGAUUGAAAUCAAAACAAAGUUCUAAUGGAUUAAACAUUAAGACAAAUGCAUCAUCAUCUUCCAAAAUCAAUGGAACAACCGUCGUUGCUGCUACGUCGACGCCUAUUAAGGUUGAAAAUGAUUCGUCAUCAUCAUCAUCUUCGCAACAUCACCCGAGAACAUUCAUCAAUCAGUUACCUGAUUGGAGUAUGCUUUUAGCUGCUGUUACUACAAUCUUCCUUGCUGCUGAAAAGCAGUGGAUGAUGCUUGAUUGGAAGCCUAGACGGUCUGAUGAUAUGCUUGUUGAUCCUUUUGGUAUAGGAAAAAUUGUUCAAGAUGGUCUUGUUUUUCGUCAAAAUUUUUCAAUUCGGUCGUAUGAAAUUGGUGCUGAUAAAACCGCGUCUAUAGAUACGUUAAUGAAUCAUUUACAGGAAACUGCGCUUAAUCAUGUUAAGACUGCUGGGCUUCUUGGUGAUGGAUUUGGUUCGACGCCAGAAAUGUGCAAAAAGAACCUGAUAUGGGUUGUAACUCGGAUGCAGGUUGUGGUUGAUCGUUAUCCGACGUGGGGUGAUGUUGUUCAAGUAGACACUUGGGUUUCUGCAACUGGAAAGAAUGGUAUGCGUCGCGAUUGGCUUUUGCGUGACAGCAAAACAGGUGAAAUCUUGACAAGAGCAUCCAGUGUUUGGGUCAUGAUGAAUAAACUGACUCGGAAACUAUCUAAAAUUCCAGAAGAAGUCAGAGGAGAGAUAGAGCCUUAUUUUGUUAAUUCUGAUCCAGUUGUGGAUGAGGAUAACAGAAAACUAACUAAACUUGAUGAUACGGCUGAAUAUAUUCGCACUGGUUUAACUCCCAGAUGGAGUGAUCUAGAUGUUAAUCAGCAUGUUAAUAAUGUCAAGUACAUUGGCUGGAUUCUGGAGAGUGCUCCACAGCCAAUUUUGGAGAGUCACGAGCUUCAUUCCAUGACUUUGGAGUACAGGAGAGAGUGUGGACGAAACAGUGUACUUGAGUCUCUGACUGAUGUCUCCGGUGCUGACAUUGGAAAUUUAGCUGACAGCGGAUUUGUUGAAUGCAAACACUUGCUUCGACUCAAUGACGGUGCCGAGAUUGUGAGGGGUAGAACUGAGUGGAGACCAAAACCUGCCAACAAUUUUGAUAUUUUGAAUCAGGUUCCAUCACAGAACACCUAAAUAUCAACUCACAUUUAGCUUGACGAACAAGAAAACGAUUCCCCGUUGCUAUGUGCAUAUCGAAUCUCAUCACCUCUGGAGAGCAUUGCUUGAUUUUUAUGAGAUAUGCGCAUGUAUGUUAAAUGUUUACUCAUUACUAAUAUAUGUGUUAAUUCAACAGGUGAAAAAGGGGAGAGGGUAGUGAAUUCUCAUUCUCAUUGUAAUUAGCUCCUAAUAUUUUCACCCUAAGCUCCAUUUUCCACCAAUUCAUAUAUGGUUAUGGCAUUGAUAGGUGUCAUUAAUAUUAUUUAAUUGCUUCUUCAAAAUGGCUAAGCAUGUAUAUUAAAUUGUUGUUGUUAUAUAUGGUUUCUGCUUUAUUUUUCCAA